AUGGUCGCUCUCUCCAGCCCAGGCCUCCUGGGCCCUGAAAGCUACGAGCUUCCACCACACUCUUCGCACUCGGAUGCUUCCAACACACCCAUCCUACACUUUGACCCGGAAAAGUCUCAGAAAACAUACAAAAUAUCCUUCACCCAACGUCUCCGCCACUUCACUUGGGCCUGGUACACUCUCACAAUGAGUACAGGCGGCCUCGCCCUUCUAAUCGCCAACCAACCCAACACAUUUCCCGGCCUCUGGCAGAUCGGUAUAACCGUCUACAUCAUCAACCUCACCCUCUUCGCAGUAGUCAGCUCUCUCAUGGCCGCCCGCUUCAUUAUCCACGGCAAUCUCAUUCAAUCCCUCGCCCACGACCGCGAGGGCCUCUUCUUCCCAACCUUCUGGCUCUCCAUCGCCACAAUGAUCACCGGACUAGAAAAGUACUUCGGUGAUGACCCUGAAACCGCCUUCUCCACAACCCUUCAGGUCCUCUUCUGGACCUACUGCGUCUGCACCUUCGCCGUCGCCGUCCUCCAAUACUCAUACCUCUUCUCCUCCGUGACCUACAAACUUCAAACCAUGAUGCCCUCCUGGGUCCUCCCGGCGUUCCCCAUCAUGCUGAGCGGGACCAUCGCUUCCGUCAUCGCCGAGCGUCAACCCUCCCAUGCCGCUGUUCCCAUCGUAGCCGCAGGAAUGACGUUCCAAGGCCUAGGUUUCAGCCUCAGCUUCAUGAUGUACUCGCACUAUAUCGGCCGCCUGAUGGAAUCAGGGCUACCGAACCGCGAACACCGACCGGGCAUGUUCAUCUGCGUCGGACCGCCGGCCUUCACAGCACUCGCACUGAUCGGAAUGGCGCGCGGCCUGCCCGAGACAAUCAGCGUGAUGGGCAACGACGAUAACGUCGCCGAUGGCCGCGUCUUGGAAAUUCUGGCCCUAGCAGCGGGCGCGUUCCUAUGGGCAUUGAGCCUGUGGUUCUUCUGUGUAGCGCUGAUUGCGGUGGUCAGGUCUCCGCCCACGGCGUUCCAUUUGAGUUGGUGGGCGAUGGUCUUUCCUAAUACUGGGUUCACAUUGGCGACUAUCGUGUUGGGGAAUUCGUUUGAGAGUUCGGCUAUUAAGGGGGUUGGGACGGCGAUGUCAGUUUGUAUCGUUGGGAUGUGGUUGUUUGUCUUUGUGAAUCAUGUUUUGGCUGUGGUUCGUCGGGAUAUCAUGUUCCCUGGCAAGGAUGAAGAUGUCUCGGAGUAA